AUGGCUAACAACAACAGUCAGAACACUUCAAACUCGCAACAAAUUCAAUACAAUAGCUUUGGUGUGCCCAUCCAACCUCAACAGGUUCAACCGAGAGACAAAACACAACAGGUUCGUAUUUUUCUUUAUUCAACAAUUCCGGACAACGAAACUCAAGUUUUUAAAAGAGGGCUAUCAUCCUUGGAGUCAGAGAAGAGACAGAAAAAAGGCACACCGAAACGUAAGUCGAUGGAAAACGAACGAGAGAAACACAAAGCCGAAUAUGAAAAGUCGGGGCUGAAAAGUCUUUUAACACAAUUCGGAUCCAAAGCAAAAGCAGUAGAUGAAUUAGAACGUGACGCCCAAAAUAUACGUACCAAUAUCAGUGCGUUAAUGAGCAAAGUACAAUCCAAAGUAAACAAGCCUAUACAAGUAACGCCGCCACCGCCGACAACACAACAUCCGCAACCACAAAUGUUACAACUGCCAGCAACAGAACAACCACACCACGGCUUCUUUACCUCCUCAAUGUUGAAUAAACUCACAUAUAUAAUAUUAUUUCCUUUUAAUUUCUUAUUAGAUUUAAUAAGAUCAUUAUACAGUUCAAUUAAUUGGACUAUGUUAUUAUUUUGUGUAUUAUUAAUGGAAUUAACGAUAAUUGGUUUAAUUUGGACAGUCAAAAGAUCGCAAAAUACAUACCUGUACGUUGAACCGUACGAGCCAGUUGUACAUGGAACAUUUGGAGUCGACCAAUCUAUGUCCUUGGGAAUAGUUUGUUCGGUCGUCAAUUCGAUAAGGGACUUUGUAGCAGAGGUGAUGAAUGGAGGUCGCGGGUUCGGCAGUCCAAGUUACGAUGGCUUCGUGCCGAUAUAA